ACAAUUUUUCCCAUUUUCGCAGCUCAAUACAGCUACAAAGUAACUAUCAAAAAUUCCUUUUUCCUUUUGUUUCUUAAAGAAAAAUCCUGAAGAAUCAACCAUCUUUCGAUUCAUAAAAAUGAGGGCUAGUCGAAAAUCGGAGGCAGAUUUAAUCAGCAAUCUGCCUGGCAGUAUUAUAGAGAAUAUUCUGGGAUGUUUGCCAUUGCGAGACGCAGUGAGGACCAGUAUACUAUCUAGAGAAUGGAGGUACAAAUGGGUAACAUGUCCCUAUCUCGUAUUUGAUUUUUGGUUCGAUCAAAUGUUUCUUGGAAACCACAAACUCGAAACACUCGUAUACACAAUUCUUAAAUUUCAUCAGGGACCCUUACUUAAGUUUGCCCUCCAAGCCCCCGAUUUCCAAAGUAGUCCUGAUAUCGAUCGGUGGAUCGAUCUCUUGCCGAAUGACAAUAUCCAGGAUUUCACACUUCAUAUUUCUCGGGGAGACAACCAUAGAUUGCCUUCUCAACUAUUUGCUUUUCACCAGUUAAGGAAUUUGAAACUCUAUAAAUGUGCUUUUGAUCCUCCUUCGACGUUCAGAGGAUUCAAUAAGCUCGUGAAUCUUGAUCUUCAGGAUGUUGUGUUUGCCCCGGAAACAUUUGGAAAUUUCGUUUCUUGUUGCACGUCUCUUGAACGAUUGAGGUUGAUGGAGUGUAGCAGUCUUGAUUGCAUUGAAAUUGAUGCCCCGAAAUUGAAAUUUUUCGAGUUCCAUGGGGUAUUUAGAUCCAUUUCUUUCAAACAUAGUCCCCUUCUUGCAGAAGUUUUGAUAUCUUUCUCGUCAAUGGAUUUUGUAAGGGAAGAUCGUUUCUCCUUUGAUCUGAUAAAGUCGCUAAGUUGUCUUCCUGAGCUUGAGGAUCUGCAUCUGCAGGCUUAUGUGUUGGAGGGACUUGCAGAGUAUGGUGCACCUAAAAAACUUCCAGUUACUUUGAAAACUCUGAAAACUCUUCACCUCUCAGAUAUGUAUUUCGAAAAGAUAGAUGAAAUCUCCUGCGCAUUGUGCUUGAUCAGAAGCUCUCCUAGUUUACAAAAGCUUGAAAUUACCGCAUUCACCUUUGACGUCGUGGAAGCUGUUGCAGAAUUUCUCCGAUCUCAGAAAAGCUCGGAUUGCUCGUUGACUCAUCUCAAGACGGUUAAUAUGCAACUAUUCUCAGGGGCCGAGUCUGAAAUGGAAUUCGUGAAGUAUCUUUUGGCAUCUGCAACUGCACUCGAGGAAAUGGCAAUCUCGCCUCACGCUGGAAAUGUUUCAGAUGGAGGUGAAUCGAUUUUGAACAAACUUAAACAAUUUCCUCGAGCAUCCCCGCGAGCAGAAAUAGUUAAUUCAGAAAAGAAAUAACCAGCCAAAAGGAUUUAUCCCCAUUAUUUAAGCUGUUAAUCUGUUUGUAUAUGUAAUUAUUGUAUGUUAGUAGUUUUUUCCUGCUAGAUUCUUUAUGUGAAUUCUAGCAAAUUUUGGGUUUAUAGCCUUGUUUUUAUGGCUGUAAACGGAAGUAUUUGUAAAUUUCAAGAUUCAAUGUUAAGAAUGUCAGGAAUAUUAUCAAGAAUGGCAUGAAUAUCAUGGAUUUUCA